CACAGCUCUUCGAUUGCGUCCUAAAUUCCCUAAGAAAUUCCUACGGCAUUCACAAUGGUUUCCUCGAAAACCCUUCAGCCUCUGUGCUCCGUUUCCAAGUCCCUCAACGCUCUGCCCGCGGCAUAUGCUGGUGCGCAAAUCGCAUCCAGAAGGUAUGCUGGCACGAUUGCAAACUUCAAGAUUCCUGCGGUCAACAAUGAGCCCAAUCAUCACUACACCAAAGGCUCCGUGGACAGACAGAAGCUCCAAGAUGCGCUUGCGGCGCUGAAGAAAGGUGCAGUCCAAGUACCUUUGGCUGUUGGAGGCAAAUAUAUCAACAACUCCUCCGUUCUCACACAACACAACCCCUCCUCACACGCCGACGUAGUCGCCAAAUACUCCAACGCCAGCCCGGCCGAUGUCAAGAAGGCCAUAAAGGCGGCAUUGGCAGCCAAGCCAGAAUGGGAGGCACUGCCGUUUGCCGAACGCGCCGCAGUGUUCCUCAAGGCGGCAGAUUUGAUCUCCACAAAGUACCGAUAUGAGAUAAUGGCUGCAACAAUGCUGGGACAAGGCAAGAAUGCGUGGCAAGCUGAAAUUGAUGCGGCGGCGGAACUGUGUGACUUUUUAAGGUUCAACGUCAAGUAUGCGGAAGAUACAUACGGAACUCAACCAGUACACAACUCACCAGGAGUAUGGAAUCGCGUCGAGUACCGCCCUCUCGAAGGCUUCGUAUACGCCGUAUCCCCAUUCAACUUCACAGCCAUCGGCGCCAACCUGCCCGCAGCGCCAGCCUUAAUGGGCAACGUUGUAGUCUGGAAGCCAUCUCCGUCUGCUAUCGCCUCCAACUGGCUACUCUACCAGAUCCUCAUCGAAGCUGGUCUUCCACCAAACGUGAUCCAGUGGGUCCCCGGUGAUGCAGUGGAAGUGACACAGGAAGUGCUCUCUCACAGGCAGUUUGCGGCGCUUCACUACACUGGCAGUACAGCCGUCUUCCGGUCUUUGUAUGGCAAGAUCGCAGAAGGUGUUACGGAGGGCAAGUAUCAGGGCUACCCCAGAAUUGUUGGCGAGACUGGAGGCAAGAACUUCCAUCUCGUUCACAAGGACGCGGAUAUCUCUAACGCGGCGAUCCAAACUGUCCGUGGCGCUUUCGAAUACCAAGGCCAAAAAUGCAGCGCCUGCUCACGUCUCUACGUCCCCGAGUCCGUCUGGCCGGAGUUCAAGCAGAUACUUGUUGCCGAAACCGAAGCCCUGAAGAUCGGCGAACCAUCCGACUUCUCCAACUUCAUCGGCCCCGUAAUCCAUGAAGCGUCCUUCAAGAAACUCUCCGGUGUCAUUGAUGAGGCAAAGAACGACAGCGAGCUUGAGCUCGUGGUCGGUGGAAAGUACGAUAGCAGCAAAGGCUAUUACAUUCACCCCACCAUCUACCGCACUUCGAAUCCUACCCACCCCCUCCUCUCUCGCGAACUCUUCGGUCCCAUUCUCGUUACAUAUGUCUACGACGACAGCACGCCAUCUUCAUUCGCCAACAUCAUCAAGAACAUUGACGAGGCUUCCGAGUACGCGUUGACCGGCGCUGUCUUUGCCAAAGACCGCGAGGUGAUUAAGUUUGCAUCCGACAAGCUUAGGGAUACCGCUGGAAACUUUUACAUCAACUGCAAAUGCACAGGCGCGGUUGUUGGACAGCAGCCAUUCGGUGGAUCCCGAGCCAGCGGAACGAACGAUAAGGCUGGAAGCGCGAAUUUGUUGGCAAGAUUUGUGAAUAUGAGGUCGGUCAAGGAAGAGUUCCUGCCCACGGAGAAGGUGGCAUACCCCAGCAACGAGGUUUGAUUAACUAUAACCGAGAUUGGAUAGUGGAAGUUGUAGAACAGAUUGGCAGAUUCAAAGACAUCUCGCAAAGGAUGGUUGGAAAAUAUCCGCCAUGGUGGAACUUUACAUAGCGCACGAUAGAUGCGCUAGGGUCAUUGGACGGGGCGUUAUGUUUAGGAAGGAAUUAUGAGAGACGAAUCAAAAAGGUUAAACAUGUACAAUUAUCAAGAUGCGAUGCACAAAUACAAACAACAAAUACGGAGACUAUUAUAAGGUAUCCACUGUCUGCGAAUCAGUUAAGAGCGGGUUAGUAGGGAUUCUACCCGCAUAGAGCUAGAAUGAUCCUUCCGAUAUUGACACAUCUUUCUCG